AGGGAUACAAAGGGACGCCAAGUUGCUGCAGAUUCUCUUGAACAGACAUGGCCAGCUUUGGAGGGUUCCUCUAUGCAGGGGCAGCAACCCUGCUUCUUUUGUGCAUCUUUCAUGUGGGUGUCGUAAGGGGACAGAGCAUUCACCCUACUGAAGCAAACGCUCUCAAUGCUAUCAAAGGAAGUUUAAUUGAUCCUAUGAAUAACCUCAAGAAUUGGAAUAGAGGAGAUCCAUGCAAAUCAAACUGGACAGGAGUCAUCUGCAACAAGAUAUCAAGUGACACAUAUCUUCAUGUAACCCAUUUAGAAUUGUUUAAGAUGAAUCUUUCUGGAACUUUGGCACCAGAGGUUGGUCUUCUGUCUCAGCUGACAAAAUUAGAUUUUAUGUGGAACAAUUUGACUGGUAACAUCCCGAAAGAGAUAGGCAAUAUCACAACGCUCAGACUUUUAACUUUGAAUGGUAAUCAACUAUCUGGUUCCAUACCAGAUGAGAUUGGCUAUCUCCAGAAGUUAAACAGAUUACAGAUUGACCAAAACCAAAUAUCUGGGCCCAUACCUAAAUCGUUUGCCAAUUUAACAAGCAUGAGGCAUCUUCACAUGAACAACAAUUCAUUAAGUGGGCAAAUCCCAUCAGAGUUAUCCAGAAUGCCUGUGCUCCUUCAUCUUCUUGUGGAUACCAAUAAUUUAUCUGGACCUCUUCCUCCGGACUUAGCGAAGACGCCUAGUUUGAAAAUAUUUCAGGCUGAUAAUAAUAACUUCAGUGGAAGUUCCGUCCCUGCUGCAUACAACAACAUACAGACACUUUUAAAGCUGAGUCUAAGGAAUUGCAGUUUGCAAGGAGUUAUUCCUGAUCUAAGUGGCGUACCUGAAUUUGGCUAUCUGGAUCUUAGCUGGAACCAACUGACAGGAUCUAUACCAACUAAUAGGCUCGCUUCAAAUAUCACUACAAUAGAUUUAUCGCAUAACUUUCUUAAUGGAACUAUUCCGGCAAACUUCUCUGGGCUGCCUAAUCUUCAGUUCUUGUCAGUUGAAGCGAACAAUCUCGAUGGCGCUGUUCCAUCGGCAAUCUGGAGUAACAUCACUUUUACGGGAAACAGAAGCCUUGUUCUGGACUUUCAAAACAACUCCCUUGACACUAUUCCGGCUGCAUUUGAGUCUCCAAAAGCUGUCAUUCUUCUGCUUUCUGGAAACCCUGUUUGUGACACUUCUAAUGCAGCUCGGGCAGCCGGACUUUGUCAACCCACAUCUGUAAACGAAGCACCAUCUGGACCACAAGUUAGUAUAGACUGUUUUCCUUGUCCGAAGGAUAAAACUUAUGAAUACAAUCCAUCUUCCCCUAUACCUUGCUUCUGUGCUGUGCCUCUCGGAGUUGGAUUUCGGCUGAAGAGUCCAGGGAUCUCAGACUUUCGCUCAUACAAAGAAGCCUUUGAGAUCGACUCAACGUCUUUAUUGAGCCUGAGUAUUUACCAGCUAUACAUUGAGCAGUACAUAUGGGAGGCUGGUCCAAGGCUGAAUAUGCAUCUGAAGUUAUUCCCAAAUAAUACAAGUUUAUUCACUAUGUCGGAGGUUAUGCGGCUCAGGGAAUUACUUGCUGGAUGGGAGAUUACUCUAUCAGAUACUUUUGGUCCGUACGAGCUUCUCAAUUUCACGCUUGGUUCCUAUGCAGACGAAUUUCCAGACGUGAUGUCAUCAGGUUUAAACAAGGGUGUACUAGCAGGGAUUUUGGUAGGAACGAUUACUGCUGCUAUUGUAGUAUCUGUGGUUUUUACAAUUUUUGUAAUGAGAAAACGGUCAAAACGUCGAACAGUUUCGAGGCGGUCAUUACUGUCGAGGUUCUCUGUCAAGGUCGAUGGUGUGAGAUGCUUCACAUUUGAAGAAAUGGCUAAAGCAACCAAUGAUUUCGAUGAUUCAGCUGAAGUUGGUCAAGGAGGUUAUGGAAAAGUCUAUAGAGGAAAUCUAGAUGAUGGAACAGCCGUUGCAAUCAAACGAGCACAUGAAGAUUCUCUGCAAGGUUCAAAGGAAUUUUGCACAGAAAUAGAGCUGCUGUCAAGAUUGCAUCAUCGUAAUUUGGUAUCCCUGAUUGGCUAUUGUGAUGAAGAAGAGGAACAGAUGUUGGUGUAUGAAUUCAUGCCAAAUGGCACCCUACGUGAUCAUCUUUCUGUAACUUCUAAAAGACCUCUGAACUUCAGUCAGAGGUUGCAUAUUGCAAUGGGCGCUGCAAAGGGAAUCCUCUAUCUACACACCGAGGCAGAUCCCCCUAUAUUCCACCGCGAUGUCAAGGCCACCAAUAUUCUAUUGGACUCUAAGUUUGUAGCGAAGGUGGCUGACUUUGGUCUUUCAAGACUUGCUCCGGUCCCGGAUAUUUCAGGAACAUUGCCAGCUCAUAUCUCCACUGUUGUCAAGGGCACUCCAGGCUAUCUUGAUCCAGAAUACUUCCUGACUCAUAAAUUGACAGAAAAAAGUGACGUUUAUAGCCUCGGUGUUGUGCUUCUUGAACUAUUGACCGGGAUGAAGCCAAUCCAGUUUGGCAAAAACAUCGUCAGAGAGGUAAACUCGGCUUACCGAUCUGGAGACAUUUCUGGAGUCAUCGACAGCCGGAUGUCCUCAUGCCCUCCGGAAUGCGCCACAAGGUUCCUCUCACUGGCCUUGAAAUGCUGCCGGGACGAGACUGAUGCGAGGCCUUACAUGGCCGAGAUCGUCAGGGAGCUGGAUGGCAUCCGGAGCGUGUUGCCUGAAGGGGAGGAUCUCUUCUCCUCAACCUCCAUGGUGGCAGGCUCUUCGGCCGCACUGACAGAUUCUGGAUCCAUGUCCCUGACAGGGGAGAUAUUUGACUCAUCCCAUGCCUCCAACAGCGGCCACGCCAACAGCGGCAUCCCUUCCGGGACAGUGGCUCCUCGUUAGCAUCACUGGCCAGUGUUUUUUUUGUGUGUUGUAAAUGGGCGUAGAUGGUAGGCAUGUCAGCAAUUCUGUACAUGGAAUGGGUGUUGUUUUGUUUGAAGAUCAGGGUGUGAAGUACUACGUUAGGAUGUAAUGCAUUAUUGAUAGACAGUUAGACACUGCUGACUGAACGCUAACUAAAUCUUUCUGGGCAGAUUGGCUAGAAAACUCCAUCGAUUA